AUAAUUAAUUUUUAACUGUAAAAUGAAAAAUCCGAUCGCAUCGGUCUUAGAAUCAGAAAUGUCAAAACGUUUCGAACAAAGAGUUGGGAGAAGACAAAGGAGGAGUAAAAGAUACGACACGAGAAUCAUGUGCGCUAAAUCCGAGAUCCUCAUCCCAUCAAGUCUUAUGUCAUGGUAUUAAAAUGUUUCGAACAAAGAGUUGGGAAGAAGACAAAAGGAGGAGUAAAAGACAUGAUACGAGAAUCAUGUGCGUUAAAUCCGAGAUCCCGUCGAGCCUAAUAAGGCCACCAUUAACCGGGGUAUUUAACCAUUUAAAAAAAAAAUGGAAAAAGUAAGCACGGUUAAUUAAGCGCAACGAGAGUAGGUUGUUUCCACUGUUCGCGGACACCACUGACACGUAGAAGUCCGCGAUUGGUUCAUUUUUAAUUUUUUUUUAAUCAGACAAAAACAAAAACAAAAAAAAUAAAUAAAAAUUAAGCCUCCCAUUUUGGGUGCUAUGGUUAAUUAUGUCCUAAUAAUAUUAAAACAUUUCGAACAAAGAGUUGGGAAGUUGACAAAGGAGGAGUAAAAGACACGACACGAGAAUCAUGUGCGUUAAAUCCAAUAUCCCAUCGAGUCUUCUAAUAAUAAUGAGUACGAACUAUUCUUCUUCGUCUUCAGUCUUCACCUACAUUUCUCUCUAAAUCUGUCUCUAUAUACUACUAUUUUGCUCCGAGUCCUUUUUGUACCUCUUGACGCUGCCUGAGAGAGAAAGUGAAAUGACUUGGUCCGUCAUGAUAUCCAUAAACGCUCCAAGACUCGACCUCUCCGCCUCACUUCGUUCUUCCACUCGUACCCCAUUGGUCGCCGCUGGUGCAACGUCCACUGGUGUUUCCCUUUUCAGAAUGUCGUCGAGCCCUCUUCGUUUCGCUUCACUCUCUGUCUCAGCAUCUGCUUCUGAUGAUAACCACUUACCUAUCAUUUGUAAGAAGGAAGUUGUGUCUACAGAUAAAGCACCACCUGCUGUAGGACCAUACUCUCAGGCCAUCAAAGCCAACGGUUUCGUUUUCGUUUCAGGUGUUCUUGGACUUGUGCCUGAGACUGGAGAGUUUAUUUCGGACGACGUUGAAGAUCAGACUUACCAGGUGAAGUAGCUUUUAAAUUGUCACCAUGGUCUCUUUAAAGACUACUUUUGCUUACACAGUACUUUCCCAUGCACUUUCAACUUUGUUGUGUUUAGUGAUUUUUAUCCAAAGUAGAUGGGUUCUUAGAUUUGCCAUAGAUGUUGUUUGACCAGUGAAAGGUUAAUAUGUGGAUAAUAUAACUAAUGUGCCUAACUCAAGCUGAGUUUAGUCUCUGGAACUUAUGAGGUUUUACUUUUGAACUGCUGAUUUGGUAACUAUUAGUUUUCAAAAUAGAGUUCUAUAGUGUGUACGUAGCUAUAUAGCAAGGUCUAAUCAGGGGCGGAUCCACGGUGUAGACUACGGGGGCACGUACUACAUUAUAUAAAUUAUUUAGUUAUGAAAGUAACAGCUCACGCCAGUAGGUUAAUUGGUAAAAGGUGCCCCCAUCAAUUAUCUAUAUUAUUAAAAGAGAAGUAUUCAUUAAAAAAUACCCCUAAAUUUUCUAACUUAUUUACACUUCUAUGCUAGUGAGAAUUAAAUUAAACUACUUAUUUUAAUGCUUGUCAUUUCCAGUUAAAUUAAUGAGCUUUCCUUAAUCAAAUUUAAAUUUAAUGUCA